UCAGUCAAGCUAUUUACUUUGCAAUCAACUAAACUUUUGUCCGUUCUUAGUUUGAUCUGAACUGUCUUUUGGAGAGGUCAAUAGAGAAAAGAAGCUGAUCUGGUGUAAGUUAGACUGAUGCUGCGUGCACUGAGGCGGCACCAGCUGCCGGCUGGCCGUGCCAGCAACUCUAUUUCGCUGAUUUUCAACAGAAGAUGGGAUGUUCCACCGGAGAGGUACCGCAAGCUCCCUUACUCCAUGCCAUCGUAUGUGACACCGGAGAUGCAGCGUACGAAAGAGUUGCGCGAGUCCUGCUGGAAACAGCGCGAUGCCUAUAUCGAGGAGCAACAAAAGUUGGCUGAGAAUUUCGUUGAGAAUUCCAAAGUGAGACAGGCGAUCGUGAGAGCCAAGAAAGUGUCGAAGUUUUACUAUUUUAUGGGCGCCGUCACAGUAGGAGGCCUUGUGUAUAUCUGGUUCACGUGGAGGAAAGACAGAAAACAAGUGAAGGGAAUGAGAGAAGCAGCGCUCAACACCCAGCUUUCUGAUGAGGUGCCAGAAGAAAUCGUAAUUGAUAAGUCAGACCUACCACGACCCUUGAUUCUAGUUGGUCCGUCCGGCGAGCAGAUGACAACCCUGAUGAAGAGCUUGGUUCAAGGUCGUGAGAAUCUGUUUGGUCUCCCAGUGCUCCAUACGACACGUGAUGCACGCGAUUCAGAAGUAGAAGGCGAGGAAUUUUGGUUUGCACCGCGAGCUGCCCUGGAGCAAGGUGUGUACUCCGGAGCGUUUGUCAGCCACGGUAAUGUUCGCGUGGGUGACAAGAGGUUUGGCUAUGGUCUGAGCAAGGGAUCCAUAGCUGAUGUGCGCCUCUCAGGCCGCGUGUGUCUCUUGAAUCUGGAUGUUGAGCACGCCGACGUGGUCAGCAAAACAGACCUUCGGCCAAUCGUCGUGUUGGUGUCGCCAGCCAGCCCCGCUGCUGCGUUACCUGAAGACGUGGCAGCGGCGAAGAAGGCCGGCAAGCUGUUCCAGCUGGAGAUCACGCUGGGAGACGGGCAGUCGUCGCUGGAUGCAGCGCGGGACAACGUGCUCACCCUGCUGGCCGAGCAGUUCACGCUCGCCACGAGAACACAGCGCAUCAUCAGCGGCGAGCAUACACAAGCAGCCAGUGCGCAUAGUGAGGUCGCCGAAACCCCCCGCCCGGACAGUGAACAAACAACACCGAAUGAACAGAGCCAGCCCAGUACUACUAGUCAAACCACUUAAGAUUUUAUCGCAUUCCUUAUGAAUAGUUAUUAUUGCGACCAUGCGUUUGAAAAACAAAACUUUUGAACUGA